UUAUUCCAUGACUUUGAUUCAGGAAUUCCAGUGACUGACACUGCAGCUCGUAUGCUGCAAAUGUCAUACAUUCUGUCAUCAAUUUUAUCUGAUGAUGAAAAACAAAAGGAUAUGGAUCGAAUUUUGGGAUUCGUAGGAAUGUCACCUUCAAACCCUUCCAAUGUACAAGUAGCAAUAGAAUCAAAGGCGAGUAAUAUAGCUAGUAAUACUGCUAACUCUUCGGAUGGACUGCUCACCACUACCA